AUGUAUGCCGUGCAGAGUUUUCGAGACGCAACGAUUGAGGAAACGGUUCGUGCAAGCGAAGUGAUUUGUACCAUUUACACAACCAGUGUAUACGAGUAUCCUUAUUUGACUAGGUCCGAAACUUCGGGGAGUAGAUCAGGAUUAGAUCCGACGAGUUCAGGCUCAAGAGCUGGCAAAAAGAUUAAGCUCAGAAGACAGAAGGGCGUUACGAUGGUUAGCAAUAAUCCUGUUGUCACGAUUGGUAAUGGUAGAGAUAAUGGCAACCUUUAUGUCGUGCAUGUGCAGUGA